AUAAAAGAGUUAUUGGUUGUAAUUCAGAGGCUUUAGGAAAACCAGACAUGUGCCAUAGACUGGAAUGCUCAGGAAUAAUUCAUUGUGGAUAUAAAAUUGCAGAUCCUAAGUGGUGCUCUAAAGCAGAUUAUGAUGAGAUUCAGCUUACCUGCAAGCCACAUGUUUCAAUAGCUCCUAUGGGAAACUGGACAUUCACAAAAUAA